CCUCCCCUUGUCCACGUACUUCGCGUUUGCGAGAGACAAAAACUCGCCGGUCAUGGGUGGGCUCCUCUCGCACUUGCGCUACCUCAGCUACGGCCUCGAGCAGACGUUCCCUCCGAGGCCCAAGUUCUCAGCCGACCAGAUUCCCGACCUGACGGGCAAGGUGACCCUCGUCACAGGCGGAAACACGGGCAUCGGCAAAGAGACGGUCAAGGCACUGCUCGAACAUAAUGCGAAGGUCUACCUCGCCGCAAGGAGCAAGGAAAAGGCCGAGAAGGCUAUCGCGGAUCUGAAGGAGUGCACGGGCAAAGAGGCGAUCUGGCUCGAGCUCGAUCUCGCGAGUCUCAAGUCCGUUCGCGGAGCCGCCCAGGAAUUUCUCAGCAAGGAGAGAGAGUUGCAUAUACUUUUCAACAACGCAGGUGUCAUGUGGCCUCCGAUCAACCUCUUGACCGAGGACGGUUUUGACUUGCAGUGGGGGACAAAUGUCGUCGGCCACUGGUUGUUGACUGAGCUGCUCGUUCCAGCGCUCGCGGCCGCCGCGAAGAGCUCUGCAGACGGCCAUUCGCGCGUCGUGGCCACCUCUUCUGCCGGCGCGUACCUCGAAGGCCUGCACUACGACAGCUUCCGAGAUUCGCCGAAGCGUAAGAAGCUAGGCAAACAGGGGCUGUACUUCCAGAGCAAACUGGGCAACGCUAUGGUCGCCCGCGAGGCUGCCAAGCGCCACGCAGACAAGGGCAUCUUGUCGUUUACGUGUAAUCCAGGCAACUUGAACUCUGAACUGCAGCGACACGCGACUCCGUUCCAGCUGUUUUUUAUCAGACGUAUCGCGUAUCAUCCGUCUUACGGCGCGCUGACGCAGCUCUGGGCUGGCACCAUGCCUGAGACUGCCAAGUACAACGGUGAGUUCUUGAUUCCGUGGGCUCGCAUCGGAAAGUGUAGAGACGAGUUCUAUGACGACAAGGAGACCGAGAGGCUAUGGAAGUGGCUUGAAGAGAAUACCAAGGAGGCGACUAUGUAGUUUUGUUGAGUCUUUGGCGCUUGCUUUCAAGUGUAUAUGCUUUCCAGUUCGCGGCCGUUUAAUCAUAUCAUACUCCAGGCUUUAGACUUGCACAUCUUGCUCUCAUAACGCUAUUUGACUGCA